UCACGCAGCUCAAAGCCGGACUUGGGUCCGGAAGGAGCAAGUCAGUCAUCUUAGAAACGCGCAAGCUUCAACUUUGAUCAAAUCGAGUCUGACCACCCGCGAGACUUCACUCAUCUUCGAACACAGUCGUGCAAUAUGGCGCUGGCAUCCAACACGUCCUCACCCUCGAGGUCGACCUCGAGCACCUCUCCUUCCAAAAGGGCGAGCCCAUCUGACGUCAUCUUUGCAAACAAUCACGCCCAAGAUGUUUCACCUUCCAUCGGUACUGUACUCGGGGGUCUGGCAGGCUCGAGCGGUAUGCGUCGAUCCAUCACCGAAGAGCUGGGGCUUAUCGCGGAUGCUCGCAAGGAUCGGUCGAGGUCUGCCUCUGCUUCCAGAUCGAGGGAGCAGAGCAUCGCACCCGCAUCAGCCGUCGCUGGGGCUCGGAUGGGCAGCGAUGGUCUUUCAGCCAGAUCUGGUGGAGCAGCAAGCGGAUCCGCACCAGGCUCGGGCUCCAUAACUUCUGCGCCUGCUUCAGGAUCAGCGUCGGGCAGCUUGGGAGCAUCUUCGAACAUGGGCAGCGGGAGCGUCAGCAAUGGCGGGGAAAGGAGGUCUGCAACCGCGUUGGGCAGCACUACGACACAUCGCACAACGCCGCCGUCCGAAAAGGCAAAGCAAGCAUCCAUUGCUUCAACUAGCAGUCUGGCUGCGACUGGGGAGCCAUCGACUAGGGUUCUACCCGGCUCUUUCGAAGAUGCACAGCCAGACGACGUUAUCGUACUCGUAGCGGACAUGCUCACGCGAUUGACAACACACAAUGAUCAGCUGCCGCUGCAUCCAUCUGCCUUGACGCGGUUCCACUCGAGGGCGACACCCGCAAUCAGUAUCGAAUCGUACUUACACCGCAUCGCCAGAUACACUUCUUUGGACAAAUCUUGCGCCCUCAUUCUGCUGGUAUAUAUAGACAGGGUAUGCGAAAGGAUGGAGGGCUUUACAGUCUGCAGCCUCACCGUGCACCGCUUCGUGUGCGCUGCGGUUGUAUGCGCUUCGAAAGCGCUGUGCGACGCCUUCAGCACCAACGGACACUACGCCCGCGUAGGAGGCAUUUCUCUCAUAGAACUCAACAUGCUGGAGAAAGAGUUGCUGAACAUCAUCGAUUGGAGACUGACCUGCAGUGGGGUGCUCUUGCAGCAUUACUAUUCCUCGCUCGUCAGGUCGCAUCCAGAUUUUCAACUUGCUGCUGAGCCAGAUUCUAUGGACUUCCUCAUGCACAGCGCUGAGGAUCUCCAAGCGGAAGCUCGAGGAGUCUCCAGCGUUAGGGACGAGGAGGACGAAACCAUGGAUGACGCUGUACCUACCAAAGAAGUGAUCAAUAAAGCGAACUUGCGGCCCUCUGAGCGCUCGACUGCGCACGGGACGGCUGCAGCAGGAGACGCGCAUGAAACCUUUACGAGCACGCCGAGCGCACCGACACAUACCACCAAUGCUACUUCCGCAGUACUAGUGAGGAGGUGACGUCGCCAGCGAGCCAUCAGGUGAAAGCUGGAGCUUCAGCUUCAGCUGCGAGGCAAUUUGUCGUGCCGGAAAGUGCACCUCACCUUCAUAUUUGGGUUGUGGAUGUCAGCGAGCACUCCGCUCUACUCUG